CAUUCUCGCAGCAGCAUCAGAGACAAAAGCUUCGUGUCUCUUGUAUUUCCAUUUAUUCCACAGUUGAUAUUCGCAUCGAAUCGAGCUAAUUGUUCUCGUGCAUAAAGUGACUAACUUACCAAACAAUGAAAGUGCUAGUUUUCGUGCUAUUUACGGUCUUUUGUGCCGGGCAAUUGGCCACCGCUGACGACGACAUUAAACUCGACGAGGGAGUGCUCGUUCUGACAAAGGGAAACUUCCAAAAAGCCAUUACCGACAACGAAUUCAUCUUGGUUGAGUUCUAUGCACCAUGGUGCGGACAUUGCAAAGCCCUCGCUCCCGAAUACGUGAAAGCAGCCAAACUCUUGAGUGAUCAAGACUCCAAAAUUAAAUUGGGUAAAGUUGAUGCCACCGAAGAAGGUGAACUCGCUGAGCAAUUUGGCGUUCGUGGAUAUCCAACAUUGAAAUUCUUCCGCAACGGAAACCCCGUCGAAUACAAUGGCGGUCGUCAAGCUGAUGACAUCGUUGGAUGGUUGAACAAAAAAACUGGCCCACCAGCCAAGGAAUUGAACACUGUCGAAGAAGCGGAAGCCAUGUUGGCCGAUAACCAAGUUGUUGUUGUUGGAUUCUUCAAGGAUCGCGAAUCUGCUGAAGCUAAGGCCUUCUUGGGAGCUGCUUCCGCUGUCGAUGAUCAACCCUUCGCCAUCACAAGCAACGAAGAUGUCUACAAGAAAUACGAUGCCAAGUGCGGAUCUGUCGUUUUGUUCAAGAAAUUCGACGAAGGAAAGGCCGUUUUUGAGGGAGAAGCUACCGAAGAAGCUGUCAAGAAAUUCGUUGCUACACAAUCGCUUCCAUUGGUCAUCGAUUUCAAUCAUGAUUCUGCUCAAAAGAUCUUUGGCGGCGAAAUCAAGAGUCACUUGUUGAUGUUCUUGUCCAAAGAAGCCGGUCACAUGGAGAAAUACACUGAAGUUGCACGCAAAGUCGCCAAGGAUUACCGCAACCAAGUGUUGUUCGUGAGCAUCAAUGCCGACGAGGAAGACCAUCAACGUAUCUUGGAAUUCUUCGGCAUGAAGAAAGAAGAAGUGCCUUCCAUGCGUCUCAUUAAACUCGAAGAAGACAUGGCAAAAUACAAGCCCGAAAAAGCCGAUCUCACCGAAGAAAACAUCAAAUCGUUCGUCGAAAAAUUCUUGAAGAACGAAUUGAAGCAACACUUGCUCAGCCAAGAAUUGCCCGAAGACUGGGACAAACAACCCGUCAAAGUGCUCGUUGCCACAAACUUCGAUGAAGUCGUUUUCAACAAAGACAAGGAUGUUUUGGUUGAAUUCUAUGCUCCAUGGUGCGGACACUGCAAACAAUUGGUACCCAUCUACGAUGAGCUCGCCGAAAAGUACAAGGAUAACGAAAAUAUCGUCAUUGCCAAAAUCGAUGCGACUGCCAACGAAUUGGAACACACCAAAAUCACGUCGUUCCCCACUCUUAAAUUCUACCGCAAGGGCGACAAUCAAGUCGUUGACUACACUGGCGAACGUACCGUCGAAGGUUUCAGCAAAUUCCUCGAUGCUGGCGGCGUUGAUGCCUCUGCUGGCGUUCCCGAUGUCGAAGAAGUGAACAUCGAUGAAGCCGACGAAGACAAAGCCAAGAAGGAUGAACUGUAAAUGCAAACACAAAAACACACACAAAACACCUGUUGUACGCUUAAGAUAACAAAAAACACAAAAUAACAUCUCCGUUUUAAGAGUAAAUAGUUCCAUCCCUCCCCCUCCUUGCCCCCUUAGAAACCCCCCUCAAAACACCCGGUCCUUAAUUUUAUAUUAAAGAAUACAAAAAGUAAACGGUUAAGAGUGACAGAAGCAUGAACUGCGCGCGAGUUAGACUCACGUUCCCGAAAAAACAAAAUUUUUUUACUAAAAAACGCAUUUAUUCAAUUGUGAUUCGCCUGAUUUUCAAAAAAAAAAAAAAAGAUGUGUAUUGUAACUAACCACCUUCCUUUUGUAAAAUUUAAUUGAUGUUACAUUAACAUUAGAGAUAAAAAAAAUUUUUAGCAUUUUUUUCUUAUUAAAUAUUAUUAAUUUUCAACGAAUUUUUUAGUAGUACUCACUUAGAGACUCAAAUUGCACACAUCCUUAACUUACUUCUCUUAGUUUUAGUCGUCGUUUCAAAUUUUUUUUUUAUAUCAAGACAUUCCGUCUAAAAAUUUUCCGUAAAAA